AUGGCGCACAAAUCCCACAGGCAGAAAGCCCUGCAAUCGCAGCUCGAGGGUCCCCGCGAGAUCUCCCUCGUCUCUCAACCUUCCGCCGCUGGACCGUCCAAGCCCAAGAAGUCCAUCUCGGCUCCAUCAGCCGAGGAUGGCAUGGAAGUGGACUCGGAUACCGACGAUGUCCUCAUCAAUCAAUCCUCCGCCCUCCAUACCGACCCCACGAUGCCGCCGGAUGCGGCUGCCGCGCUCGUCUCGUCCUCUUCUGGCUUUGCGCCACUAUCUGCCAAAGCGCAGGCAGUGGGAGGAAUCAAGAAUGAGUUUAGGAGAAUACCGGUGCCGGAUCAUAGGAUGACGCCUAUGAAGCGGGAAUGGGUGAAUAUCUAUACGCCGCUCGUGGAGCAAUUGGGAUUGCAGGUGCGGAUGAACCAAAAGCGGAGAGCGGUUGAGAUCAGAAGCUCAGGUCACACUAUCGAUACCGGAGCUAUCCAGAAAGGAGCGGACUUUGUCAAGGCGUUUGCUCUCGGAUUCGAUGUCAACGACGCUGUUGCUCUCCUGAGAUUAGACGACCUCUAUCUCGACUCCUUCGAGAUCAAAGACGUCAAAACUCUCCAUGGAGACCAUCUUUCGCGAGCGAUCGGCCGGAUAGCAGGAGAAGGUGGAAAGGUAAAAUUCACGAUUGAAAAUGCUAGCCGAACGCGUAUAGUACUGGCAGACACCAACGUACAUAUCCUCGGCUCGGUCCAAAAUAUCAAGAUCGCACGAGAUGCUAUUGUUUCGCUCAUUCUUGGUUCACCUCCAGGCAAGGUGUACGCCCAUCUCAAAUCGGUCGGAGCGAGGAUGAAGCAGCGCUUCUAG